AUGAUGGAUCCCCCGACGUCUGUGUCACUCGGACUGAGGAUGGAGGAGAUGAUCUUUAACUUGGCAGACUCUCACUUAUUCUUCAACGACUUGGAGGAGUGUGACCAGGUUCACAUCGAUGACGUCUCAUCUGAUGACAACGGUCAGGAUCUGAGUACAUAUAACUUUGGUUCGGAUGGGUUCCACGCGGCAGCGACCAGUGCCAACCUGUGCCUGGCCACGGGCGUGAGAGGAGGGGUGGACUGGAUGAGAAAACUGGCCUUCCGCUACAGACGAGUAAAAGAAAUCUACACCACCUACAAAAAUAACGUUGGAGGUCUGCUGGGCCCGGCCAAACGAGAAGCCUGGUUACAAUUGAGAGCAGAAAUUGAAGCUUUGACUGACUCCUGGUUAACACUGGCACUGAAAGCACUCACAUUAAUCCACUCAAGGUCAAACUGUGUGAAUAUCCUGGUGACCACCACCCAGCUCAUACCUGCCCUGGCUAAAGUCCUGCUUUACGGACUGGGGAUAGUGUUUCCUAUUGACAAUAUUUAUAGUGCUACCAAAAUAGGGAAGGAGAGCUGUUUUGAGAGGGUAAUUCAGCGUUUCGGGAGGAAAGUUGUUUACGUUGUCGUGGGUGACGGAGUGGAAGAGGAGCAAGGCUCAAAAAAGCACAACAUGCCGUUCUGGAGAAUCUCCAGCCACUCUGACCUCAUGGCCCUCCACCAUGCUCUGGACCUAGAGUACUUGUAGCUACCGCCUGGCACUACACCGCCCAGCCCCGAAACUGGCCCCUACCGGCCUCUACACCUACUGGCCCCUACCGGUCUCUACAUCAACCUGCUGGCCCAUAACGGCCCCUACAUCAACCUACUGGCCCCUACAUCAACCUGCUGGUCCCUACCGGUCUCUACAUCAACCUACUGACCCCUACCGGUCCCUACAUCAACCUGCUGGUCCCCACCGGUCUCUACAUCAACCUACUGGCCCCUACAUCAACCUGCUGGCCCCUACCGGUCUCUACAUCAACCUACUGGCCCCUACAUCAACCUGCUGGUCCCUACCGGUCUCUACAUCAACCUACUGACCCCUACAUCAACCUGCUGGUCCCUACCGGUCUCUACAUCAACCUACUGGCCCCUACAUCAACCUGCUGGUCCCUACCGGUCUCUACAUCAACCUACUGGCCCCUACAUCAACCUGCUGGCCCCUACCGGUCUUUACAUCAACCUACUGGUCCCUACCGGUCUCUACAUCAACCUGCUGGCCCCUAACAG